AUGCCCAUCGCCCGGCCGCACGCACGCCAGCCCGCCAGCCCGCCGCCAGCCAGCCAGCCAGCCAGCCAGCCCCCACAGCCCGUAUGCCAGCCGCUGCCUGCCGCGCCGCCGCCGCCGCCCACCACCACCACCAUGCCUGCGCCCACGCCCACGCCGCCUGCCGCCGCACAGCCCGCCGCCGCACAGCCCGCGCCUGCCGCUGCCGCCGCGCCCCCUGCCGCCGCGCCCCCCUCUGCCUCCUCCCCCGCCCGCCUGGACCCGCAGGAGGCUGAGGAGUGGUGCACCAUGGAAGGCGUCAUCGAUCAGCGGGGCAGGGGGAGUGGCACGCGGUACCUGUGCCGGUUUGAGGGGUAUGGCGCGGAUGACGACAUGUGGCUGCCGGCCACAAGCUUCACUUCCCGGUUUUAA